AUGACCGCGGAGCUACUAGCUCGUGGUCCUAGCGCAGAUGGUAACCCGUUUAUCAACUAUGUGUUGCCUCUAGCAGCUUCCGAUAGUCUUGUGAUGGACUGCGUUCUCGCUAUCGGAGGAGCACAUAUGGCCGUUCUAGAGCCUGACCGCCCGCAGUUGGAAGUCAUGACUCGAAGGCAUUAUGCCCGGCUGCUUGAAGGACUACGAAAAGCGCUUUGUGACGAUGCGGCGUGUCCAUUUGGCGAACGCGAUGAGGACAAGAAGCUCUACACGCUUCUGAUUCUCAUCAUGCUAUGCAUUUUCGAAGGGGUUCAAGGCGAUAACUCGGGGGCCGUCUAUCAUCAUAUUCGAGCUAGCCGUCAUUACGUGAUGGAAUUGGCAGCUGACACCUACAAGCCAUCAGCUUCAAAGAAGACUGAGCAUAUCCGUGGCUUUCUCCUGGAGAUAUAUGCCAUGUUCGCUCUAAAGUUAGCAGUCACGCCACGAGGCUUGCAGGAGGAGAACCCCGUGACAGUGGAUCCUUUUCUCGGCUCUCUAGAAUUUCUGGGCCAAUUCAAGUCGCGAGGAUUCAUGCUAGGUUUUGGCCAUGGGCUCUUUGCCAUGAUACCAGAUAUCUCAAAUCUUCUUGAGAAGCGUAGGAGAGAGGAACUGAGUGGGUCCACAUCCGAUGGUCUGUUCGAAUCUUACAAGUCACUUCUGAAGAAGCUAGACUCAUUGGAUCCCUCAUCCGACGUUCUUGAAGACGAAGGCGCAUGCCCUCGCUACCAACAAUCAACAGCCGUCGCCAUCUACCGCACCGCUCUAAUUCUCAUCGUUCAUUCUGCCUUCCACCAAGAUACACAUCAGAACGCGGAACUCCUUGCUGAGAUCGAAUCUCGGAUAGACAAGAUAUUGCCUCUCUGUUGGGCCGUUUAUACCAGCAAGUCACCGCUGCGGAGGAUGAUGCUGUGGCCGGGGUCGAUUUUGGCAUCCUGUUGUAAGAAGCCAGAGCACGUCCACGCUUUUCGAUUGGGACUAAACUCGAAUCCGCGAUCGCCAGGUGGUGUCCGAGAAGCGGCUAAAGCGGUUGAACUGUUGUGGCAAGAUGAUGAUCCGAGAGCUUAUGGACCUCGAGGGUUGAACAUGGUGAUGAAGAAACACGGUCUUAGCUUUAGCAUGUGCUGA